CGGGUCGAUGGCGGCGGCCUGUGCUUUGUGGAGGCUGGACUAUGCCAUUGAUUUUUCCACUCUCUUGAAAGAGGCCUCAGCAUGGAGUUCCCUGACCACAGCAAAAACUUGCUGCAGAGCCUGUGGGAGCAGCAACGUGAAGGCUUCCUUUGCGACUGCACAGUGCUUGUGGGCAGCUCUCAGUUCCAGGCCCACCGGGCAGUGCUGGCCUCCUGCAGUGCCUUCUUCCAUAUGUUUUACAAGGAGCGGCUAGACAAGCGAGACUUGGUCUCAAUUAACAAUGAGAUUGUCACGGCACCAGCAUUUGGACUGUUGCUGGAAUUCAUGUACAAAGGCACCCUUGCCCUCAACGAUAUGCCAGUGGAGGACAUAUUAGCAGCUGCCAGUUACUUGCAUAUGAAUGACAUUGUUAAGGUAUGUAAGAAAAAACUACAGGCCCGAGCUUUGGCAGAAGCAGACAGUACAAAGAAGGAAGAAGAGGCCCCAGGCAAUUCAGAACGUCUGCCCAGCACCACCAAGCUCCAGCUUCAGAUGCCUGAGCCCCAGCCCUUGCCACUUCCACCCCCUCAUCUGUAUGAAACAGAAAAUAGCGAAAAAGAGGAGUGGAAAGGAGGAGAGAAAAGUGUUUCUGAGGAAGCAAUGGCCUCCACUUUGGAUGUGGCUGAUACUACACAGCCAGGCAUGGAAAUUCCUCUGCCAGCAAGACCUCUGAUGACACACCCAUUAUCCGUGAUUGACAUUUCUUUCUCUAGUCCCAGUAGUUCCACUGAAACUAUAUCGCAUAGUUGCUUACCUCCAGCAUGUGUAGCUGAGGGAUCUUCUAGCACAGACCAUGCUCCAGAAAGGUAUGCAGAACAGCGGGCAAGCAGCUUCAGCACAGGGUACCAGAAGGAACCAAACAGGCCCUCCAUCAAGGUCAAGGUGGAAGCCAUCGUGAUUUCUGAUGAGGAGCCAGAGGUGACAGAGCAACUCGAGGAGCAGAGCACAAUGUUGAGGCUGGAAAGUAUCUUCCAGAGGCCUUCUGGAGAGGCAGGUCUAGCUGGAAGGUGUGGACGUCAUCCUGAUAACUUUGAGGAGCCUGGUGGGAUGGAAGAGGUGUCUUCAGAAAGUGGCUUCCUACCUCAAGAGCAUGCCCCUUAUCACAUUAUUCCCAUGCCUGGUGGGCAGAACUUCUCAAACAUGGUGACGCCACCCCUACAUGAACAAAUGUACUUGCAAGAUUUUGAGUCCCACUCUAACUUUGCCAUCUUUAUGGAAGAUGUACCCACUUGCAAGACAUGCGGGAAGACCUUUUCAUGUUCCUACACGCUACGGCGCCAUGCCACUGUCCACACACGGGAACGCCCUUACGAAUGCCGUUAUUGUAUGCGGAGUUACACGCAGUCUGGAGACCUUUACCGGCACAUCCGCAAAGCCCACAACGAGGACCUGACAGCCAAACGUUGCAAACAGGAUGUGGAGAACCCUUCAUAGGGGGCUUGGACCUGGAUUCAAGGUUGAUCAUCCAAACAGUUCCCAGCACAAAAUAAUAUUCUUUCUGUUAACUGCCUUGCUCAAAGCCAACAGUUGGGCUGCAGUCUACUUGGUCCAGUCUUCCCAAUCCAGUUUAUACAUUUUGCUCCAUCUUUGCCACAGGAAUAUGAUACUGUUUUUUUCUUCUAGAGGGUAGUUCUGGGCAACGCAGAUUGACAUUCAAGCCAUUCUUUUUACACUUGGGAAGAAGCCACAUAAUGUAAAAGUAACCAGGGAAUGUUUUUAUUCCCCCUGUAUUUAUUUAUGUAAUACAGUGGGCCCUUGAUAUCAGUUGGGGCUUGGUUCCAAGACCCCACAUGGAUACCAAAAUCCAUGGAUAUGGAGGGCCGACUGUAUGCAAUGGUUAUUUUAGCUCCCACAGGGAACUACUACUGGUUGACUGACAGGUGUUCUGAAUCAGGAAAGGUCUUUAUCACUUAUAUUUUAACUGAAGGGGUAUGGAAAGACAAGAUUUUAGGCACUGUUGCCAAGGGGCAACAGUGUAUGUAAGGAGGAUUGUGUUGAAGGCUUUUGUUCUUACACAUGCAAAGUGAGCAAUGGAUGCCUCUUUAAAACAGCCCCUUUCACACAGCUUGAUGUGUGGCAUUAUGGCACUAUCCAAAAGGCGCCACAAACAGAGCACUCCAUGUUCCAAAUUACAUUUAUUUCACAUAAAAAAGGAAUGUAUGCUUUGCCCAAGCUGCACCACCCCCUUCUUCGAUUUUAUGUGUAACUUCAGUGGGAUUUAAUCCCUUAUUCACACCUUGAUUCCCUUUGUAUCCACUUUCUCCUGUUUCUCAAGCCUAUACAGCAAUGACUGCCAGAUGCCCCCCACCUGUGGGACUUGCAGACCUUCCCUUCUGAAGUGUAUUUUUCCGAUGUGUUUGUUCUGUAAGCAGCUAUAAAGUGAUCUCACUGCCAAGGAUACACAUUUGAAAGUAAAACUGGUGCCCUGAGCACUCCUGUAUUAGCUGUUUCUUUGUGGCGUACAUGUCCUCUUGUCCCCCUCAUAAUUCUGAUUGUCCUUUAAAUUGGAAUGGGUUUGAUAUGGCUGCCUUCUUUCUCCUCAAGAAAGAAACCUGGCAUAUUUAGGCUUAUUGGGGUGGUGAUCUGCAACAGAAAUUAGUGCUGAUGUUCCUUUAUGCUGCAACGGGGAUGAGAGUUGGGCAGCCUUUCAUACACUGCUGAAGUGCAGCUCCCAGCAUUCUUUAUCGUGGGCUACGUUGGCUUGUUCUGUUGGGAUGGGAUGUGCAGUCCAAUUACAGAUGGAGUACUACAUAUUUCCUACUAUGCAAGAAUCAAAGGGGAGUGGGGCAAAGGGCCUGAAGAGUCCUGCCAUAUACGUUCACAUACAAUGCAAUGGUAGGAGAGGCCUCUCCUUUCUUCUGUUCAAAGAUAUAGCCAUGUUACUCUGUAGAAUGAGUAUGCAGAGAGAUCUUGUAGCACCUUUGAG